AUCUGUACCCCUGUAAAAGUGUGCACUAACUCAAAUUAUUUUGAAUAUACUGCUAUAAUGACAUCUUUUCAGUUUUAUGUUGCAAAGUAGGUUAGGCCUAUAGAUGGAGCUGAUGUUCAACACAAAGCAAUAAUCAUGUAGGUGGUAGGCCUACAAUUUUCCUGAAAAUGUUAGGCCUAUAAUUUAAGUGAGGGGGAAAAUAGAACAAAACCAGAUCAAGUAAGGUAAAAUAGUUACAACUGUUAGGUAUGUUUCACUUUACAAAUAGCUAGGCUUACAUGACUCCAGUGAGUCAUUUGACCAAACCAAUAUCAACAAAAAGGUGUAAUGGGUUUGCACUCAAAAAUAUGUUGCAUUAAGCUUACUUCAUUAUUGUAUUUUUCUUAACUAUUUUCAUUGUAUCAAGGAUAGCGUACCAAACCCAUAUCACUCAACAGUAAACUGGUUUGGCUGGUACCAAACCCAUAUCACUCAGCUGUAAACUGGAUUGGCUGGUGUUUAUGACUUCUUGCAAAUGCUGGUGGAGGCACAUGAUGUAGUGAAACAAAAGUGAAACUGUACAGACAUUCUCCGAAUCCGAAUGCAAGAUAUCGUGGUGGCUCUCGUGGAUUAAUCAAUUAUAAACCAAUCUUUGUUAAACUUUAGAACAUUUUCAAUAGGCUACAGAGUACAUUAUUUUGUUAUUAGGGCAAGGGCGCAGCAGAGUUAGUGGGCAUCCAAUGAUAAUAGGAAGAUAGCUGGCCCGAGCAGUAAGUAGUAAAAUGUUUUACUAAAUUGAGACGACAACUUUUUAGGAUGCGUCGCAGAAUUGAACGGCUGUGUCCAUUUUUCCUGGUUCCAGUUCUCUCCUACUUACCCUGGAGAUCGAUCGUGGAAAAUUAUUUUGCAAGGUUUUUGGAACGCACAGGGAGAUGUAUCUUGCCAAAUUAUCCUGACUGUCCAGAAUCCCUUUCCGGUGAAGGAGUGGGGAGUCCAGAAUCCCUUUCCGGUGAAGGAGUGGGGAGUCCAGAAUCCCUUCUAAGUGAAGGAGUGAGGAGUCCAGAAUCCCUUCCCAGUGAAGGAGUGGGGAGUCCAGAAUCCCUUUUUAGUGAAGAAGUGGAGAGUCCAGAAUCCCUUCCCAGUGAAGGAGUGGGGAGUCCAGAAUCCCUUUUUAGUGAAGAAGUGGAGAGUCCAGAAUCCAUUCCCAGUGAAGGAGUGGGGAGUCCAGAAUCCCUUCCCAGUGAAGGAGUGGGGAGUCCAGAAUCCCUUUUUAGUGAAGAAGUGGAGAGUCCAGAAUCCCUUCCCAGUGAAGGAGUGGGGAGUCCAGAAUCCCUUCCCAGUGAAGGAGUGGGGAGUCCAGAAUCCCUUUUUAGUGAAGAAGUGGAGAGUCCAGAAUCCCUUCCCAGUGAAGGAGUGGGGAGUCCAGAAUCCCUUCCCAGUGGAGGAGUGGGGAGUCCAGAAUCCCUUUUUAGUGAAGAAGUGGAGAGUCCAGAAUCCCUUCCCAGUGAAGGAGUGGGGAGUCCAGAAUCCCUUCCCAGUGGAGGAGUGGGGAGUCCAGAAUCCCUUUUUAGUGAAGAAGUGGAGAGUCCAGAAUCCCUUUUUAGUGAAAAAAUUGAGAUUCCAGAAUCCUUUCCCAGUGAAGGAGUGGGGAGUCCAGAAUCCCUUUUUAGUGAAGAAGUGGAGAGUCCAGAAUCCCUUCCCAGUAGAGCAGUGGAGAGGCCAGAAACCCUUCUCAGUGGAGAAGUCAAGCUUCGGGUUCUCAGGUCAACUAGGUCAUAUGAUGUUGAAGACACGGAUGAGUACUACUGCGAGUACGACUCGACAUGGGAGGAUCCUCCAAACAAAGAAACCAGUGGUCAAAAGUCCCAACAUUGGGUACACCAGUACACCAGUUGGUCGCAACAAUCACACAGGUUUAACAGAUUCAAAAGUGCAGCAAAGGAUAUGCAAAAGUACAGGCAUGAUUAUCCAGAGCAUAGAUCAAACUUGUACUUCGGCUGGCAACAACAAGAAGAUAUGCCUAAUUUAAAGUUCUACCGUGAACAAAUACCCUCCUCCCCUGAUGGUGUCUUCAUUGAGGACUUUCACAAGAAAUGGAACAGGCAAUAUUUAAAACUGGAAAGAGUUCACUCAUACAUCCAAUGGUUGUUCCCUCUUCAAGAACCAGGAAUGAAUAAUCAAGCCAAGGAACUCACCAAAAAGGAAAUUGAGGCUUUCCUUCAAGAUGAAACUGCGAAGAAGAGGCUGGUCAAGUCGUACAAGCUCAUGCUGGACUUCUACGGCAUCCAGCUGUCAAAUGACACAACAGGGGAAGUACGACGUGCUAAUAACUGGCGUGACAGAUUUGACAACCUGGACAGACAUACACACAACAACCUGCGCAUCACCCGCAUCCUGAAGUGCCUGGGCACUCUGGGGUUCCCCCACUACCAGGCCCCACUCGUCCGCUUCUUCCUGGAGGAAACUCUUGUCAAAGGCAACCUGUACAAUGUGAAGGAGAGCGUGCUCAACUACUUCAUCUUUGCUGUCAUUGAUAAGCAACAACGCAGGGAAUUAGUUAAGUAUGCCUACAAGCACUAUGAGCCCAAACAUGAGUUUGUGUGGUGCCCUAAGAAGAUCCAGAUGAUUUUCUCAAAUGGAGAAGAAUUCUCAGAUAGUAGGCAAACAAUGGCAGGCCAUUACCAGCAUGGUAACUACUUAGAUGACAGAGAUGUCAGUGACAACCUGUCCAUUCCUCGCAAUGCUAUUGUUAGCACAGCUGAAUCCAUUCAGCACCCUGUUCCAAGAUUGGUUUCCCCCAAAAAAUAUGAUUUGGCCCCUGAGCGUGCAUCAAUUAGGCAUUAUGAAGAUGUUCCAAAGUAUGUAGCUACUCACUCUACAGGGCACUCACAUACUGCCCAAGGUAAUGUAAAGACUCGGUCCCUCACCAAAGAUGUUUUAAAUAAUCAGGGAAAUGAGAAAAUAGAGAGUGCACCCACAAAAGAUUCAGAAGGCAAGAACAAUUCAGUGAAAGAGCCACUUAAUAAAGAGGUUUCACAGAGUCAGUUAAAGAUCGAAUGCUCAGCAAUUGAGCAAUCUACUCAAGACCCAUCCCAGAGCCCGGAUAAGACCACUGAGGGUCCAGCCAUAGACCCAUGUCCUAAAGACCCAUACCAGAGCCCGGAUAAGACCACUGAGGGUCCAGCCAUAGACCCAUGUCCUAAAGACCCAUCCCAGAGCCAGGUUCAGACCACUGAGGGUCCAACCAUAGAGCUAUCUCCUCAUAAGGUACCCCAGAGCAAGGUUAAUAUAGCCAGAACCAGAGAUGCCCCAAAGAGCUGCCGCGCCAAAAAGCCUAGAAUUGGGGAAAUUACCAAAACAGUUUCGGAGAGCACCAGUAAAACACCAAAUGAGAAUCCUCCUUCUACCAGAGAAAAGCAAUAGCAUCUGUACAUUAAACAGGUGUUAAAUGUAACAGUGGCGAUAUAAGAUGAGUGUAUUCACCCAAAUAGGUAGAUUGUGAAGCAAUCAGAAACCAGAGGGCAUAAAAGCAAAUGGGAAGGGGAAGAUUUUGAUAUUUUAAUAAAGUAUAAUGAAAUAAUAAUUGACUGUUAUGUAUACUUAGUAUCAGUGAUGUUUAGUACUUAAGUAAACAAACUUUAAAG